GAUGAGAGCAAAUACAAACGACCACCAACUUGAGCACUCUUUACUAUUUUAUAAUGCUGAGUUUGAUAAGCGUUGGUGGAACCAGGUGACAUGUGACCCAUAUCCAUAUGAAGUGGUCGAACUGCAUCGUCUUAGACACCCCGAGGAUCACGAGACGAGGUUGUGCAAGGGUGGCCUUCAUCUGUUGGCACAUCGUGGAGUGGCACCUGCCGGAUUGAUCCUGGAGGCGAUAUUGAUUUGGAGCAACAAAUUCCAGCAUCCCCGCCUCAAGCCUUCAAGGAGCUCCAUGGCAUCGACCUACGCCACCAAGUUUUGAUUGUAUCCGCAAGCAUCAGUUCUACAUCAGCAUUUGGGAGAAUAGAGCGACUUGUGUGGUCCAAGGGAUGCCGGUGACGAGGGGUACAUGCAGUGGUAUCGGAAGUUCACGCUUAGAUGGGUGUCAAAGCAAGGUGUUGUGAUGGGUGCGUUG